GUGGCCAAUGAGACUGCGAGGAAUGAAUGAACGGGCUCCAGUUAAAGGGGGCGGAAGAAGAGGUAGAGCCAGUCCACGGAGAAACAGGGACACUCCGCGAUAAACACAAGGCGAGCCCAGAGAAAUAAAUACUAAAAAACCCAACCUCCUCCUCGGAAACAGCAGCAGCAGCUUUUUGAGAUGCUCCAGCCACUCUCGCCCCUGUGUAACGCAGAGGACACCUAGUAAGAAAAACUAUUUCAUUCUUUUUAAGUGUAUUUUGUUUUUUUGUUUUUUAAAAAACGCAACCAACUGUCGCAGUCAAGAAAGAAGAAGAAGCAGAAGAAGGAGGAGGACGCGAGGAAAACUCCUCUUCUCACAUUUGGAUUUUUGACGCAAGUUAAGUAGAAGUCCAUUCAGAGCUGAUUGUUUGAUUUUUUUUCUUCCUCAUGAGCGGAGCAGCGUUUUUCCAUCACGCCUGAUAUGUUGCGUUUCCACGGUUGGAAGUUGAACCGUUGCUCGUCAGCAUCAUCGUUUGAUUUUGUUUGAACUUAUUGGCUGUCGCCUCCUUGAAGCUUCUGCGCCCAGAUUCAGACGGCAACACAAUUUUUUGGUUCAGUCACACACACACACAAAAACAACAACAACAACAAAAAACACAAUGCUACUGGACGCUGGUCAUCAGUUCCCCGGACUGGGAGUGGGGUCAUUUGCCAGGCAUCACUCAGCGAGCGAGAUGCAGGAGAGAGACUUGAGUUUGGCACAGAAUAGCUUUGUAGACUCGGCACACAUGGGUGCGUUUAAGCUCAACCAUGAGCUCUCACCGGGACAGAGCUCUGCUUUCACCACCCAGGCGCCGGGCUACCCUGCUGCGGCACUGGGGGCUCACGCUGCCCAUGUCACGUCGUAUGCAAGCUCUCCAUUCAACUCCACCAGGGACUUUCUCUUUCGCAGCCGUGGCUUCGGUGAAUCCUCUCCGGCGAGCGGCCAACACACUAUUUUUGGCCCCACGGCGGGAUCCCUCCAUCACUCCCACACAGACACUCAAGGCCACAUUCUGUUCCCCGGGAUCCACGACCAACAUGGGUCCCACGGAUCACCGAACGUCCUGAAUGGGCAAAUGAGGCUCGGACUACCGGGAGAAGUUUUCGGACGCUCCGAUCAGUACCACCAGGUUUCCAGCCCGAGGACCGACCCGUACUCGGCGGCUCAGCUCCACAACCAGUACGGCUCCAUGAAUAUGAACAUGGGGAUGAACAUGGCAGCCCACCACCACCCCGGUGCCUUUUUCCGCUACAUGAGGCAACAGUGCAUCAAACAGGAGCUCAUCUGCAAGUGGAUCGACCCCGAGCAGCUCAGCAACCCCAAAAAGUGUUGCAACAAAACUUUUAGCACCAUGCACGAGUUGGUCACGCACGUCUCGGUGGAGCAUGUCGGUGGACCGGAGCAGACGAACCACGUCUGUUUCUGGGAGGAUUGCGCCCGAGAGAGCAAACCGUUCAAGGCGAAAUACAAACUGGUGAACCACAUUCGGGUGCACACCGGGGAGAAGCCUUUUCCAUGCCCGUUCCCCGGCUGUGGAAAGGUCUUCGCACGGUCGGAAAACUUGAAGAUACACAAGAGAACACAUACAGGAGAGAAGCCGUUCCAGUGUGAGUUUGAAGGCUGCGACAGAAGGUUUGCAAACAGCAGCGACCGAAAGAAACACAUGCACGUCCACACGUCGGACAAACCGUAUCUCUGCAAAAUGUGUGACAAGUCCUACACACAUCCCAGCUCUCUACGAAAACACAUGAAGGUUCAUGAAGCCUCUCCACCAGCAUCAGACUCAUCACCAGCAGCCAGCUCUGGUUAUGAAUCCUCCACACCUCCAGGCCUGGUGUCUCCCACCACCGAGACCCAAAGCAACACCACCCUGUCCCCAGCCUCAGCUGUGCACAACACCACCAGCCACAGUGGCCUAUCCUCCAAUUUCAGUGAAUGGUAUGUUUAGGACUAAGCUGAAAUGAAGCAACACACACUCAUUUCACAGCACUGGACCGUCCGGCAGGAUAUUGGGACACGUGCACACAAGAGGCACACAAACAUUUGUUUAUUUUUUGAUUUUAUUAUUUUGGAUUCACCAGGGAAGAUGACGAUUACCAACAGAGGAAAAUAUGUAUAAUAGUCGAGGUGUAUUUCAUAUUGUAAAUAAUUACUAAAAGCCCACUUUCCCAUUGGUUGUGAUAGUUUGUCAGUCUUUGGUGUAUAGAUGUUCCUUCAAUGGUAGCUAUUUCUCUAACUGGACUUUUAGUGCACAUAUUACGCUAAAAAUUGUACUAUAAUGUUGAAUAUUGUGAUCCUAAGGCAAAUUGAUUGUACUAUACUAAACAUCUAUAAACUGGAAAGAGUGCCAAAGUUAACAUUUAACUCAAACAGACCACAAUAUUAUGCUUGUGAAUGUAUAUUUUAGUUUGCUGGGCUUAACUUGUGAUGUUUUGUGCUUUGCAAGUUUGAAUUGUGAAAUACUAUCUGGAAAGAUUGUGAGGAAAAUAAACGUUGUGCCGUUCGAUUUUAUGUAACUACACCCUUCCUUUUGUAAAUAUCAACUGCCAUAUUUAUCCAUUUGUAAUUAAAUUAUGGUAUUUACUUGCUACAGAUGAAACAGUAUUUAUAAAGAAUGUUUCUUUACUAUAAAUAUGUACAAUUACGAGCUAAACAC